CCGACGCUGUCCUCGUUACAGCGCCGCGGGACGGCCAUGCCGGGCCGCCUGCUGCGGGGCCUGUGGCAGCGAUGGCGUCGUUACAAGUACCGCUUCGUUCCUUGGAUCGCGCUGAACCUAAACCACAACCCGAGGACCGUCCGAUAUGUUCCAGAGGAAUCCAAAGACAAAGUUAUCUCAGAUGAAGAUGUCCUAGGAACAUUACUGAAAGUUUUCCAGGCUCUGUUCAUUAAUGAUUUCAAUAAGCAAUCAGAUAUCUUGACUAUGCUUCCAGAAACCGUUAAAUCAAAAUAUCAUGACCUACUGUCAGUUCAACAUCCAAGGGUGAAACUGCUUGAAUACAGACAUCAACAGGAAAAUAUCUUUAAACCAGAAGAAAUUCUUUAUAAGACACUGGGUUUCAGUGUUGCCCGAGCAACUAGCUCAUUGAUUUCUGCUGGAAAAGGUGUCUUCGUUACCAGAGGAUUGGUACCAAAAGGCGCGGUUGUAGCUAUGUAUCCUGGUACAGUAUAUCAGAAGUAUGAGCCAAUCUUUUUCCAAUCCAUUGGAAAUCCAUUUAUUUUUAGAUGCCUGGAUGGGGUACUUAUUGAUGGAAAUGACAAAGGAAUAUCAAAAGUCGUAUACAGAUCUUGCAAUGGGAGGGAUCAACUUGGUCCUUUAAAAAUGAGUGACAGUACAUGGCUAACAUCAGAAAUUUGUAAUCCACUUGCUGUAGGACAGUAUGUCAACAAUUGUUCAAAUGACAGAGCCGCUAAUGUCUGUUACCAGGAAUUUGAUGUGCCUGCAGUUUUUCCUAUAGAGCUAAAACAGUAUCUUCCAAACAUUGCCUACAGCUGUGACAAACAAAGCCCACUUCGAUGUGUCAUUCUUGUAGCACUCAGGGACAUCAAACAAGGAGAAGAGCUUUUCUCAAACUACUAUACAAUUGUCAGCUAACUAUGAAUUAGAAAUUAGGUUUUCUAUUCAGCUAUUUAUUCUAAAUGUUUUUGUUAAUUGUAUCUCUGAGUUCCACCUAUAGAACAAAUAUUUUGAGGCCUAAUUGGAGUGGGAAUUUUUUGUUUUUAUUGAUGUUAAUGUGUUUAUAUUAAAAGCUAUUUCCUUCAUUACAAUUUCAAAUUUAUAAUGCAAUUAUAAUUUUAAUUGGUUUUCACCUAAAAACACAGUAGCUUAUUAAAUUAAAACCUACUGCCUGAAAUUAAAAUUUCAAUUUUUCUUUUA